AUGGGCACCAAACGCUCCCGGGAAGGGCAGCCUCUCGGCUUCUAUACCAAAUCAGAAUCCGCAUCGAAUACAAUGCCAUCCUCCGAGUCGGCUGGUCCGACUCUCACUAUCUUUGAGGCCUUUCGCAAUGAACUGGACGAGCACCAUGACCGCCGCGAGCGCAUCAUCAAAACUAGCCGAGAUAUAACUGCGCUCAGCAAGAAGAUUAUAUUUGCCCUUCAACGCGUCCGAGCCAUCAACCAGCCCCUACCUCCGAAAAUCGCACAAGAGAAUCAAGCCCGCUUAGAUCAGAUCCACGCUCUCUUCACCUCUAUCGUUGCCGACGUCAGCGACAUCAACUCCUGGCGCUACCAACGUCAGAUGAGCGGUGGCAUCCAAGAGUUUAUUGAAGCCAUUGGGUUCGACCACUACCUGCGCACCCAGACGUUGAUUACACUUGCGGAGGUUGCCGCGUGGUUGCCUACUGGAAUCCUAGUGACCGAGGAGGACUACUUGAUGGGUCUUUUUGAUCUGACAGGCGAGAUGAUGCGGUUCGCCGUGCUGGCUCUCAGCUCAGGCAAUGCAAUCCCCGCUGUGGCAACGGAGCCAUGCGAAGGUGCGGCCCGACAACUUCCACAUCUCUCGCCCACGCAAGCUGCUAUCGUCAUUGAUCUCCGAGCCAUGCGAGCACGAUUCGAGUCACUCGGUGUUCCUCGACGGCAUCAAAUUUUGAAAGAUCUCUGGAAGAAGAUGGAAGUGAUGCGGAAUAGCGUCGAGAAAGUGGAGCGAGCCGCUUACGGAAUCCUCGUGCGCGGGAGUGAGCGCCCGAGUGGAUGGACUCCUGAUCUCUCUGCGCCCAUGGAAGUGGAAACCCAAUGA